UCCUCUGUGUGCUGCGGGACGCUGAGAGAGACAAGCCGGCUACGGUGGCGGCGGCGGCUCAAGCCGCGCAGGUGAAAGGUGGCGCCCAAGAUGGCGGCGCACCUGAAGAAGCGGGUGUACGAGGAGUUCACCAAAGUGGUGCAGCAGCACGAGGAGCCGGCGGCCAAGAAGCUGCGCCUGGCCAAGCCCAGCAAGUCGGCGGCGCUGCACGUGGACCUGUGCAAGGCCGCCUCGGCCGCCGACGCGCUGCAGCACCUGCUGCACUUCGCCCGCCAGCCUGUGGAGGCCGAGAGCGUCGAGGGCGUCGUCCGCAUCCUGCUAGAGCACUACUACAAGGAGAAUGAUACCUCUGUAAGAUUAAAGAUUGCUUCCUUGCUGGGCUUGCUAUCAAAAACGGCAGGAUUCUCUCCAGACUGCAUUAUGGAUGAUGCCAUUAAUGCGCUUCAAAAUGAAAAGUCCCACCAAGUUCUUGCUCAGCUGCUGGAUACGCUGCUGGUGAUUGGAGCUAAACUCACGGAGAAUGCAGCUGUCAGAAUGAGACUGGUAGAUGUAGCCUGCAAGCAUCUGACAGACGCUUCCCAUGGUGUACGAAACAAGUGCCUCCAGCUAAUAGGCUAUCUUGGAUCUGUGGAAAAAGGUGUUACAAAAGAAGCAGAAAGCCAAGCUACUAAGGAUGUCCAGAAGAUAAUUGGGGACCACUUCAGUGACCAGGACCCACGUGUUAGGACUGCAGCUAUAAAAGCUAUGCUGCAGCUGCAUGAAAGAGGAUUAAAAUUGCAGCAGACUAUUUACAGCCAGGCUUGCAAACUGCUCUCAGAUGAUUAUGAACAAGUGCGCAGUGCCGCAGUUCACUUGGUAUGGGUCCUCAGUCAGCUGUAUCCAGAAAGCAUUGUCCCGAUUCCAUCUUCCAAUGAAGAAAUCCGCCUAGUGGAUGAUGCAUUUGGAAAAAUUUGUCACAUGGUCAGUGAUGGCUCAUGGGUUGUUAGAGUGCAAGCUGCUAAACUGUUGGGAUCUAUGCAGCAAGUGAGUUCCCAUUUCUUAGAACAGACACUUGACAAGAAGCUGAUGUCUGAUCUGAGGAGGAAGCGAACUGCACAUGAACGAGCCAAAGAACUCUACAGCUCUGGGGAGUUUUCAAGUGGCAGAAAAUGGGGAGAUGAUGCCCCCAAAGAAGAAAUAGACACGGGUGCUGUGAACUUGAUUGAGUCGGGAGCUUGUGGGGCCUUUGUCCAUGGCCUGGAAGAUGAGAUGUAUGAGGUUCGGAUUUCUGCAGUCGAGGCUCUCUGUAUGCUGGCUCAGUCUUCACCUUCUUUUGCAGAGAAAUGUCUUGAUUUUCUAGUAGACAUGUUUAAUGACGAGAUUGAAGAGGUGAGAUUGCAGUCAAUACACACCAUGAGAAAGAUCUCCAACAACAUCACUCUACGAGAAGACCAGCUUGAUACUGUGCUGGCUGUCUUGGAGGAUUCCUCCCGAGACAUUCGGGAAGCACUUCACGAGCUACUCUGUUGCACCAAUGUUUCUACGAAAGAAGGCAUCCACCUUGCACUUGUGGAGCUACUGAAAAACCUAACUAAGUAUCCUACUGACAGAGAGUCCAUUUGGAAAUGCUUGAAGUUCUUGGGAAGCAGACAUCCAACUCUGGUGCUUCCACUGGUCCCAGAGCUCUUGAGUACACACCCGUUUUUCGACACGCCAGAGCCAGAUAUGGAUGACCCAGCCUAUAUUGCUGUUCUUGUCCUCAUUUUUAACGCUGCUAAAACUUGCCCAACAAUGCCAGCGUUGUUCUCAGAUCACACCUUUAGGCACUAUGCCUAUCUUCGUGACAGUCUCUCUCAUCUUGUCCCUCCAUUGAGAUUGCCAGGUAGAAAGCUGGUGUCCUCCCCUGUGUCCCAGAGUGUUACACCACAUGAAGAUCCUUCCCAGCAGUUCUUGCAGCAGAGUCUUGAGCGAGUUUACAAUCUUCAGCACUUGGACCCACAGGGCACACAGGAACUGCUCGAAUUCACCAUAAGUGACCUCCAGAGGCUUGGAGAACUGCAGUCAGAACUGGCAGGGGUGGCAGACUUCACUGCAACUUACCUUCGGUGUCAGCUGCUUCUCAUCAAGGCCCUUCAGGAAAAACUGUGGAAUGUGGCAGCUCCUCUGUACCUGAAGCAGAAUGCAUUGGCAUCAGCAGCAGCAAGACAGAUUAUGGAAGAAACUUACAAAAUGGAGUUCAUGUACAGUGGAGUGGAAAAUAGACAAGUGGUCAUUAUUCAUCACAUGAGACUGCAAGCAAAAGCGUUACAGCUUAUAGUGACUGCACGUACCACAAGAGGAGUGGAACCCCUUUUUGGGAUGUGUGAAAAGUUUUUACAGGAAGUGGACUCUUUUCAGAGAUGUUUUAUCUCUGAGCUCCCCCACAUGCAAGGCAGUUUUGUGGAUAAGCUGCUAGACCUGAUGCCCAGGCUUGUGACCUCCAAGCCUUCAGAAGUGGUAAAAAUCCUGCAAACAACGCUACGACAAAGCGCCUUCCUUCACCUUCCUCUGCCAGAGCAGCUCCAUAAAGCUUCUGCAAAUAUCAUUGAACCUACCGGUGAGUCUGAUAACCCUUUGAGGUUCACAUCAGGGUUAGUUGUGGCUUUGGAUGUUGAUUCAACUCUGGAACAUGUGCAGGAUCCUCAGACCACAGUUAAAGUUCAGGUAUUAUAUCCAGAUGGGCAGGCACAGUUAAUCCAUCCUAAACCAGCGGACUUUCGAAAUCCUGGUCCUGGAAGGCACAGAUUGAUCACUCAGGUUUACCUUUCGCACACUGCCUGGACAGAGCCAUGUCAGAUUGAAGUGAGGUUACUAUUGGCAUACAAUUCCAGUAGGAGCAAAGCUUCCACUAAAAUCUCCAAAUCCACGUGGAGCGACAGCAUGGACACUUUUCCACAGUCUGAAAGUGGCAUUGAAGGAACUAUCCCAUUCAGCAAACCAGUCAAAGUGUAUAUAAUGCCCAAACCUGCCAGACGGUGAAGUCAAUUGCUAAAAGACUUUAUUUGUGGGAUUGCUGGGUUACAUAUACACAGAUUAUUGUAUUGCAGGAUAGUGGAUCAAACCAUAAUAGUGUUCUGUUAAAGUGAAAGACUGCAAAACACAAUGAAGAAUACAGCUAUGAAAGAAUAAGUGGCCUCCUUUAUUAAAAGACUGGUUACAGCAUAAGUUAUGGAUAGGUACCAUGAACACAGGCAUUUCUAAAUCAAAUCAAGAAAUGUGAGACACUUAAUAUUGAUGUUCCAUCCAUUACUCUUUUUAUUGGGUCAAAUUCUGCAGUCCUGAGUUCCUCCUCUAGGAAAGAUCUCCUGUAGAGGCCACUGGGAGUUUUGCCUGAGUGAGGAUUUGGUAAAACUGGCAGUGUUUACUAUGUAAAUACUUAGUAAGGCAUUUUAGAUGCUUCUUAUGGUUUAAUGAUGAUCUGAAAUAGAGCAGAGUUUUUUGAAAUGUCUAAAAUGUGUGUUGGUCUUUCAGCGCUGGGUAAAGAUUUUUUUCCUACAGCACUGCUCUAUCUGGGCAGGAGCCACUUCUCAGAAUGCAACACUGGGCUGUUCCUGGGCUGGCUUAUGCCUUUGCAGCCAUAUUGAAGGCAAUGAAUGAUUGAUGGCCCUUGCCACUCCAAAGUUUUUGGUGCCUUGGCUGUUUUAAAGCAAACAAAAAACCCAAACAACCCUCUUGCAAACCUGUAGGCUUUCUGUUUCAGGGUAGGCUGCUUACCUUAGAACAAUGGUAAUGCAACACCUGUGUAAAAUCACUGACUUGCCUCUGCAUAUAAUGAAAAAGAUGCUCUAUAUUUUUACCUUGUCAUUAUUAACACUCCUUCUCACUUGCUUUCUGUACGUCUCUGUGAAGAAUGUGUGCAGUGGCACAGGCAAAAAAAACCCCCCAAAAACCCAGCUAGCUGUCCUGUCAGUAAGAUGCAGGAUCUUCUACUGCUGUGCUGUGCUCAGGAGCUGAAGCAGAUCUUGGUGUGGCAUGAUAAAUGGUCUUUCAGCAUAUACAGUUUUGAAUCAGUUCAGUAGUUCACUCUCUCUAUUAAAUUAGCGAGGUCAGUAGUCCAGGCUUCUUAUCAGGUGGGAAGAGGGGGCAGUUAGGGAUGAGAUGAAAGGAACAAGGAGCCUUGCCUAGAGGAUAGGCACCAUGGCAUCCUUACACUGGAGCAGAAUGACUGUUCCUGUCUAGUGGCCUCAGGCUCCGGAGGGGUUGUUCUUACCUGAGUUCUGUUGCUUCUGCAGCUUCAGCUGAGAAGGUAUAUCUUGACAUCAUUCCCCAGCACAGGCCUGUGUUUCAAAGGCCUCUAGGAGCACCCAGUGACCCCCUAGCAGUCUGUAAUACAAUUUACUAGAAAUGCAUGGUAUAUGAAUUUUUCCAGCACAAUGGCCAAAUAGUCCCUGUGUUCAUAAAUUAUUUGUAAAAAUGUAUAUUUGCAGCAGGUAAGUCAGAUAGCUGAGGAUGAUAGUAAAUCCUUCUAUUUACUUGUAUAGAAACUAGCAUAACACAUUAUGCAUAAACCCUUUUAAAUGUGCUUUUGUACAAUAAACUUGGAAAACGCCAA